GCCCAGACCGUCGGCCGUGAUGGGCGUACCGCGAGUUAGCAGCACCGCGCCAGCCGAGCUCGAGCUCGGGCGAGCGAGGCGUCCCCACCUGUUGAUCGUCGACGACUCGAGAGAAACGCGCGCGACUGGAGGAGGAGUGUGGCCACCAGAAGGCCUAGAAGCGCAGUCGAGUGUCCGCGGUAGUUCAGUGGACUACGUAGCAGCGUUGAUGCUAGCAGCGAUGGCGGCCGUGUUGCUGGCUGCCGUCGGCUACCAGUGCGCUGCUACAUGGAGGUGGAUUAUGGGCAGGACACGCCGUGACUCUCAAGAUAGCAACUGCGACUCCCUAUCCCGACAAGCCGCUAUACGCAUCAGCCACUCUCUACCAGACUUACAAACGGAGCCCUUGAAGCAAGAAUACGUACAAGAGCACAAAGAUGCCGGCAAGAAGGUUCUUCGUCAAACAACGUUACCAAUAGUACCUGACCGGCACCAGACCUUCCAACGCCAACUAUCUCAUCGAUUGGACCUUCCCUCCAUACAGUUCAGCAUUUGUAGCCUCGAACGAGCUGAUUCGUCGAUUGGACUAAUUAAGCCGGAACUGUACAAGAACGAGUUAGUUCGUCAGUCUUCCACCGACAGCGGAGAAUUGGAAUUUUGCGGAAAGCUACACUUCGCGCUGCGUUACGAUCAAGAAGUUGAGGCGCUUGUUGUGAAGAUAUUCGAAGCUCGUGAUUUGCCAGUGAAGGACGUACUGGGCAGCAGUGAUCCGUAUAUCAAGGUGUUCCUGCUGCCAGACCGGAAGAAGAAGUUCCAAACGAAAGUCCACCGCAAGAAUCUCAACCCAAUCUUCAAUGAAACUUUUCUAUUUAGCGUUCCUUAUGAAGAACUGCGACAACGCUAUCUCCAGUUCUCUGUUUACGACUUCGACCGGUUCAGCCGUCACGACCUCAUCGGCCACGUGGUGCUAAAGGGUCUCCUGGAGUCAGCUGAUCUGCAUCAGGAAAUAGAGUACACCAUGAAUAUCCUCGCGCCACCACAGGAAAAGAAAGACCUCGGUGAAUUGAUGCUGUCACUCUGCUAUUUGCCCACUGCUGGGCGACUGACAGUUACCGUGAUCAAGGGAAGGAAUCUCAAGGCGAUGGACAUUAACGGAUCUUCAGAUCCAUAUGUGAAAAUCUGUCUCAUCUGUCAGGGCAAGAGGAUAAAGAAAAAGAAAACGACAGUCAAGAAGAAUACCCUAAGUCCAGUGUAUAACGAAGCUCUGGUUUUUGAUCUGCCAGCGGAGAAUGUCUAUGACGUCACACUGCUCGUCAAAGUUAUUGACUAUGACUUGAUCGGGCCAAAUGAGCUAAUUGGCUGCACAGCAAUCGGUUCAAGCCUCAUCGGUAUCGGACGCGACCACUGGCUAGAAAUGUUGGACAACGCUCGGAAACCCGUCGCUCAAUGGUAUCCUCUGAACAAGAGCCCUCCUGCAAACAUAAACUUACCUGCGAACAGUCAACAAAAUCCACCAUUAAAUUGUUUAAACGUAAGGUAA